AUGUCAACUGGAUCAUCAACUAUAGCAGCAGCUACUAGUAAUGGUAGUAGUAGUACACAAUCACCAUUACGGCCCACACAACAAGCAUCUAUUGCUGAACCAUUAGUAGAAAUAAAGCAUAACUGGUUAAUUAAAAAUGUUCAACAUAGUAGAGAUGGAGAUGAAUAUACAAGUGAAUUAUUUCCAUGUGCAAAUUGCUCAACUAGUUGGAUUAUGCGUCUUUAUCCAUCCUAUUGUGAACGUAACAGUAUUUUUGUUAAAUUUUAUGUUUUUAUGAUUAAGCCAAAAUUACGUACAAUAAAAGCUGAAGUUAUUGUUACAUGUGAAUAUAAUGGAGAAGAAAUUUAUAAAUAUACAUGGUCAAAUGCUAGUUUUUAUUGUGAUCCGAGUGAAUCAUUUGAUAUAAAACGUAAUUAUGUCAUAUCAAAUUUUUUAAAAUCAUAUAUAUCAUCAUCGCGUGAUCGUCUAUUAUCGUGUCCAUCAUUAACGAUAACACUUCAAAUACGUCCAAUGUGUGAUGCAUCAGGAUGUGAUGAUUUACGUUUAAUCAAAGUACGAAAUGGAAAUACAAUUAUUGAUGAACCAUCAUUUACUUACCAAUGGAUUAUUGAAGACUUUAAUACAAAAACAAAGGUAUUUCAAACUGUAAAAUUUGAUUUUCUAUUAGAUAUGAUGUGUAGUUUCGCAAUUAGAUGA